AGAGUGUUUUGAGCCAUCCUUGAUGUUGCAGUGUUGCCACACUGAAGCAGGUAGUCUUCAGAGCCCUAAACACCUGUCCUAGGACCUGUGAUUAGUGUUUCUUCAGGAUGCUUGGUGAAGGAGGGCAGCUGAGUGAAGCUGGUCCUAAAUCAGUUUGUGCUGUUGGAAGUGGCCACAUGUCUGUCCUGUUACUGCCAUAGAAGAGAAGAAAGGAGGAGGAUCUUGAGUGGACAGAAGCAUGGUCAACUCGGAGACCCCCUUCAGGAUUGGUGUCCAGGUGUUCUUCCCCUAUCUGCUUGCUGGUCUAGGCAUGGUCACAGCAGGAAUGGUGCUGGAUGGGAUUCAGCACUGGGAUGUCUUUAAGGAGAUCUCAGAGAUAUUUAUCUUGGUGCCUGCUCUGGUGGGACUGAAGGGAAACCUGGAGAUGACCCUGGCCUCCCGACUCUCUACUGCAGCCAACACAGGGCAGCUGGACGACCCAAAGCAGCAGUGGAGAAUGGUGUGCAGCAAUCUGGCUCUCGUUCAGGUGCAGGCGACGGUGGUGGGCCUGCUGGCGGCAGGGGGGGCGGUGGCUCUGGGAGCGCUGGGCAGGGGGGCCGUCCAGCUGGAUAAUGCGGCGGUGCUCUGUGCCAGCAGCGUCAGCACAGCCUUCAUCGCAGCCCUCUCUCUGGGGCUGGUGAUGAUCGGAGUGAUCAUUGGCUCACGGAAGGUUGGCAUCAACCCCGACAACGUGGCCACCCCUAUCGCUGCCAGCCUUGGGGACCUCAUCACCCUCUCUCUACUGGCCGGGGUCAGCAGCUUCCUCUUCCAGGUUAAAGAGAUGUGGUACCUGUCCCCCAUCGUGUGUGGCUUCUUCCUGUCUCUAAUCCCUCUCUGGUUGGCCAUCAUCCGCAGCAGCCCACCAAUCAGGGAGGUGCUGCGAUCCGGGUGGCAGCCCGUCAUUCUGGCCAUGUCAAUCAGCAGCAUUGGUGGGCUGAUUCUGGAUAAGACCAUGAGCAAUCCAAACUAUGAGGGCAUGGCGGUCUUCACUCCGGUCAUUAACGGGGUCGGGGGGAACCUGGUGGGCAUCCAGGCCAGCCGCAUCUCCACCUACCUGCACUUCUGGAGUGUUCCGGGGGUCCUACCCCACAAGAUGAGGCAGCACUGGCCUGACCCCUGCAUGACCUUCUGCAUGUCAGGGGUGAACUCCACCUCAGCGUGGGUUCUCAUGGUCUUGGUGGUCCCUGGUCACCUGCUGUUUCUCUACACCAUCUACCUGCUCCAGGGUGGGCACGCGUCAAUCACACCCACCUUCACCUGCUGCUACCUGUGCGCUGCCCUCCUACAGGUGGUGAUCCUUCUGUAUGUGGCGGACCUGCUGGUGCGUGGGAUGUGGAGGCGGGGGCUGGACCCUGACAACUUCUCCAUCCCGUACCUGACCGCGCUGGGAGACCUGCUGGGGACGAGCCUCCUGGCCCUCAGCUUCUGGGUGGUGCUGGUGACUCAAGGGGCCAAGCCCUAAGAGGGGAGCAGGGUGAAGAGAUGGAGAUGGAGAGAUGAGCUGGAGGAUGAAAAGAAAACUUUGGGAGAAAUAGCGAAGGAGAGCAAGACAGAAAGAGAGAGAGGGUGAGAAAGAGAGGAAGAAAGUUGGUUAGUGAGAGAGAAAGAGAGAGAAAAAGAGAGGGAGAAAACAUGAGAGAAAAAAAAAGUAAAAAAAAUGGAACUGGAGGACAGUUGCUAAGGUGCACCUAAACAGAAGAGUACCAGUCCAGAUAACGUUGGCCCCUUCCUCAGCCGAAUGAACACUUCCAAGUGGACAGUCCUGAUAUCAGCGUCAGCAUCUCCCCUGAUGCCCACUGCUCACCUGGAGGCUCUGGACACAAGCUUUUACUGCGACAGAGGACAGACAAUAGGAGAACCACCAUGACACCAGAUGCUACAUAAUCUGCCUCAAUGCUCAUCACAGGCAAAUAUACAAUAUAUACUCUCUGAGAUGUUGUGCAGGCUAUAGACAAGCUUGGUGUAUCAAGUCCACUGCCUAGUGUAAGGUGUUAGCACAUACUCUCUACGGCUAGAUAUUGUACAGCAAUGCUAAUGCAGUAGUAGUCCAGUCGAGAAUUUGUGAAAAUCGCAACCAAGGUUUGUUGUAAAUGCUUACGGUGUCAAUGCACAGUAUUGAAGCAAUAAUAGUGUAUGUUUUGGUCAAUAGUGUGUGAGCAUGUGUCUAUCUACUGCUUUAAAAUGUCAACCAUCCCUGUCAGAUGAGAAAGUAGACAUAGUCUAUAAUCAGAGUAUACUAUUUUAAUUUCAAGCAAGCAAGUAUUUUUCUAGAACUAACAUAGAAAGCCAGAAUAUUUUUGAUAGUCCGCCAUCCAGUCAUGUAAGCUUUUCUUUCUUGUAUCCUGUAGUUUCUGAUGUCAUUAAGUUGACUGUAAUAAGAUUAUGCACUAUACUGCCAAAGUAUUGAACCAUGGCCUAUGGAAAUGUUUAGAUAUCGUGGGAGAGUUCAAUAUAUUCAAGAUAAAGCUUUUUAAACAUUCAAGUCAUAUAAUUUUACAGUAUGUUGCAAAAUAGUGCAUGUUCUCUCGGAAAAACAUAUUUAUAUGCAAUUCCAUUUGCACUGGGUUUGAUUCUAAUAAUGCCUAUACUGUCACUCAGCUAGCUAUGUCUCUAUCAAACAAGGCUGGCUGCAAACACUUACUAUUCAAAGACUUGGAGCAUGCAAAGCUUCACUUGCUGCACUGUACUGCAUUCUGUGCUGUGGGACUGACAAUAAAUGUGCCAGUUGUGCUGUA